AUCGAAGCCUCGCUUUCUUUGGCCAGCAAUCACAAUGGCGAAGGGCAAGGGAAAAAGGGCGUUCGAGGCUGGUGAUAUGGCUGCAAGCGGACAAGGCAACUCCACCAGCAAUACUGGUGCUGCGGACUCCCUCCCGGAUAUCUCAGGCGCGUCACUCGCGAGCCUCACGAAAAGAAUAGAACUAAAACUGCACGAGAACCAGAAAUCGAAAGCCGAUCCGAAGAAAGCUUCUUCUCUGGCGAAGAGCAGUAAGCAGAAGCGUGACUCGAGUUCCGGAGUGCAGCCUCCCACAAACAACAAAAAGGGCAAGAAAAGGGACAGGAGCGGACAGGUCAUCCAGAAGCAUCCACCCAAUACCAAAAAUGUGCAGGUUGAUGAUGUUCUGGAACAAGAAAUUUACGCUGUUGGUGGUACGAAGGAAGACUACGAAUUACUUGCCGCUGUGGAGUCUGACUCUGAAAUGGAAGACCUGGCCGAUGGAUUGACGGGGUUGAUCGGAAAGCGCGCCGACGCGGAAGCUCUUCGCCAGAACAUUGAAAAGAUCAUGAAAGGAGGCGACAUCCCUGCGGAACCUUCGCGUGGAGCUAAGGAGCCUAUUGCAUCGAAUAUAGAUCCGAGUCAGCGGCAACGCAACUCGACAGAGAAGCAAACCAGCAAACAGCUAAAGCAACCUGAACCCAAAAAGGAGAACGAGAAGGCAUUGGACCAAAAGUUAUCUCGGCCUAAGAAAUUGAGCUCGUCGAACCUUGUUCUUGAUCCACGUCCGGACUGGUAUUCGAGCCCUCUCCCCGAGAUAACGGCCGACGGAGAAAGGCGAUCUAACAUCCCACGCCCUGUGCUGGACCAUAUUCGCGAAUAUGCAUCAUCCUUGUUGGAGGUAGAGAACAAAGCAUAUGUCUCCUCCCGCGAAGCCUCAUCGUCUUCGACUUACAAGUUUUAUUCCACCAUCGUGUCAUCCGGGACACUGAGUGAUAAAAUAUCCGCUUUAACUUUGGAAGUUCAGGCAUCGCCGCUGCAUAAUGUCAAGGCACUCGAACAGUUGGUCGGUUUAGCAAAGAAGCGGAGCCGAGCGCAGGCUGUUGAAGUUCUAAGAUCGUUAAAGGACUUAUUUGCCCAAGGGACCUUGCUUCCCAGCAACCGAAGGCUAAAGUAUUUUAUUAACCAGCCAGCCUUGGGCACGGCUCUCUUUGGCUUGAACAAUUGGAGCUCAGCAGAUCCUCUACCUCGAGGUCUAGAGCGGAGCCACCUUAUUCACUGGGCAUUUGAAGAUUUCCUCAAAGAGCAAUACUUUGAAGUUUUGAAAAUCCUCGAGGUAUGGUGCAAUGAUGAGAUCGAGUUCUCGAGGUCAAGAGCAGUCAGUUACGUCUACGAACUACUCAAGGAGAAGCCAGAGCAGGAGUCAAACCUCUUACGCUUACUUGUGAACAAACUCGGAGACCCAAGCAAGAAGAUUGCCUCCCGCGCCUCCUACUUGCUUCUUCAACUCCAGCAAGCUCACCCUUUGAUGAAAGGGACAAUAAUUUCGGCGGUCGAGUCAGAAUUACUUUUCCGCCCUGGGCAAAGUCAACAUGCCAAAUAUUAUGCAGCCAUUACCCUUAAUCAGACAGUGCUUAGUAGCAGCGAAGAUAAGGUUGCCGAAAAGCUUCUAGAUAUAUACUUCAGUUUGUUCGUUUCAAUUCUGAAGGCCGGCAAAGAAGGUCAUGAUAAAUUAGCCGAUAAGCAGGAUAAAAAGCCUGCCAAACUCAAGGGGAAAAAACAUCGCAGUCUGGCCAAAAAUAACAGCCAAGAGGAUGAAUUGAGAGAAAAACUUAUUUCUGCUGUUCUCACUGGGGUCAAUCGAGCCUAUCCGUUUACUGCAUCUAGCACUGAGAGGCUCACGAAUCACAUUAAUACACUUUUCCGCAUUACCCAUUCUUCCAACUUUAACACCAGCAUACAAGCCCUAAUGCUUAUUCACCAGCUAUCAUCUUCUCACAAAGUAUCGGCAGACAGGUUUUAUCGAACGCUGUACGAAUCGUUGCUAGAUCCCCGUAUUACAACAUCUUCGAAGCAGGCUUUGUAUUUGAACCUUCUGUACAAAGCGCUAAAAGCGGAUGUAAACUUGAAGCGAGUUAAGGCGUUUGUUAAGCGGCUGGUUCAAAUUCUCACUUUACACCACCCAUCCUUCAUCUGCGGUGUUUUUUAUUUGAUAAGGGAACUAGAAGUAACGUUCCCUGGCUUGACUACAUUGGUAGAUCAACCGGAAUACCACGAGGAUGACGAUGAGGAAGUUUUCAAGGAUGUUCCAGAAGAAGAUGAACAAAUUGUUGAAACUGUUUUAGCCCCUAAGGAGGCUAGUAAUACAGCACCUGGCUACGACUCUCGAAAAAGGGACCCUGAACAAAGCAAUGCUGACAGAAGCUGUCUUUGGGAACUGCUCCCAUACUUAUCGCAUUUCCAUCCUUCGGUCUCAGUUGGCGCUAGUCAACUUCUACAACACCAAAAGAUGUCUGGAAAACCAGACCUUACGAUUCACACGCUUUCCCAUUUCCUAGAUCGAUUUGUGUACCGCAGUCCAAAAACAUCAUCCAACUUGCGCGGAUCUUCAAUUAUGCAGCCGCUGGCUGGCGCCGAUACCAGUGCCCUGCUCGUUACAUCCGGAAAUACCACUAGAGCCCACGAAUCCGUCAACAAUGAAGCAUUUUGGACAAAGAAGACCGAAGAGGUCGCUGCAGAAGACGUUUUCUUCCACGCUUACUUUAAUCGUGUGGCUAAGGAUAAAUCGAAGAAGAAGCCCAAGAAAACUGCAAAGGACGAACAUGACCUGGACGAUAGCGACGCCGAGUCAGAGGUCUGGAAGGCUCUUGUUGAUUCGCGCCCGGAACUUGAGGGUGGUGCGGGAAGUGAUGAUGAUCUUGACCUGGAAGAUUUGGAGUCCGCCAUGGAAGAUGAGGAAGAUGAAGAUCUUGGAGGAGAUUUGUCGGGCGAUGAAGACGUCAUUUUCAAUGAUGAGAGUUCUGAAGGAGAACAGGAAGAUCAUGCCGGUCAAGCUGACGAAGACGAAUUCGAAGGUUUCGAUGAAGAAGACGCAUUUGAUAUGGACGUAUCAGAUGAGGAUGCCUUCCGUGAUAGUGACGAGGAUAUUCCUUCUGAUUUCGAUAUGGGCGUUGACGAGGAGCAGGAGAAGGAGACCGGGAAAAAUCAGUCUUCUCGAAGAGAGAAGAGACGCAAACUUAAGCAUUUGCCCACUUUCGCAUCAGUCGAAGAUUAUGCUGCCCUUUUGGAUCAGGAGCCUGACGAAAAUGUUUGA